AUGCCGGCGGAGGUGAAGAAAUUCAAUCACGUCAUUCCUCAGCCCAAACCUCCUACCGUUCAGCAUCAUCAAAAAUAUGGUUCAAUCAUUCGCCCAUCAAAUGACUACUUUUUCCGAUACAUUGCGUUCUCCAACUAUCAACAGCAUGUCCUUUCUCUACAUAUCGGUAAUAGCGCACCGCAGCACUACAAUUACAAUAAUUCAAGAUUCACGGGACAGCCAAUCUACUUGCCACCAGGAGAAUUUUCUCUUCGUGUCUUCAAAUAA